AUGGAGAACUCAAAUCAAACCUCAUCAUCAAACAGAUUCAUCCUUCUUGGCCUCACCAAUAUCCCAUACCUUCAGGCAAUAUAUAUGUUAUUAUUCUUUAUAAUCUAUAUAACCACACUGUCAGCAAACUCUCUGCUUAUCAUUGUAGUGAGGAUCAAUGAGCAGCUGCAGACACCCAUGUACUUUUUCCUGAGCAACCUCUCCAUUUUAGACAUUUGUUUAUCUUCCACCAUAGUACCCAGAAUAAUUAUAAAUAUCCUAUCACAGGAUCGAAGUGUUUCUCUCUUAGAUUGUGCAUUGCAGAUGUUCUUUCAUGGAGCUAUAGGAGGGACGGAGUGUUUGAUUCUGGCUGUUAUGGCCUAUGACAGGUAUGCAGCCAUAUGUCAACCAUUACACUACAAUACAGUUAUGAACAAGACAUUCUGUAUCUGUGUAGCUACUGGAUCAUGGACUUCUGCUUCUAUCAGUGCUUUUAUCCAUGUUUUUUUUACCUUCCAACUGCCUUAUUGUCGUUCUCACAACCUUAACCAUUUUUUCUGUGAGAUUCCUCCUAUCUUACGUCUUUCUUGCAGAGAUACUUGGCCCAAUGAGUUAGCCAUGUAUAUAACAGCUGGUAUUAUUGCCAUGUGCUCAUUCUUUUUUACUCUCAUUUCAUAUAUUCAUAUAAUCUCCAAUAUUCUGAAGAUCCAUUCCACUGAUGGAAGAAAAAAAUCUUUCUCCACGUGCACAUCCCAUCUCACAGUGGUCUCUCUGUUCUAUGGCACCAUCUUUUCCAUCUAUAUGAGCCCUCCCUCUGCAUAUUUAAGCGUAGGCAAAACAGUGUCCAUUAUUUAUUCAGCUGUGAUCCCAAUGCUGAACCCUAUCAUUUACAGCAUUAGAAAUAAAGAUGUCAAAGGCACCAUAAGAAAACACAUGAAUACGCACAUUGCUGAAAAGUCCUAAAGAACUUCUAUUUAUUGGACUCAUCAGCACAUUGUACAUUGCAGAGCAUUACAGUAUGAAUUAGAGAUCCAGUAGUUGAUGAAGGGUAAAGAUCCAUGUGUGGUCUCUUGUUCUUGAACAAUUUCAGUGAAUGGGGCAUAUUUAUCUGAUCAUAAUACCUUUGCAGCCCUGC